AUGAAGCUCUCCUCCACAGCAUUCGCCACGCUCGCACUUCUGGCCACUGCCGUCAAUGGCUCGCCCAUGAUGCGCCAGGAGGCAGAAGCCGGUGGUCCCUGCAACCUCACCGGCACCUACAAGGCGGGCACCGACAUUUCGUCCUGCAGCUCUGUCACUGUUGGGCCUCUGACUGUCCCGGCUGGAGUCACUUUGGACUUGAGCCGGACCAAGAACGGUGCUACCAUCACCUUCACGGGCACAACAACCUUCGGCACUGCUAAGUGGGACGGCCCGUUGGUGCGUGUAAGCGGUAACUCUCUUACCGUCCAGGGAUCCGGUACGCUGGAUGGCCAGGGCUCUUGGUACUGGAAGCAAGGAACUUCCAUCACUCGCCCUGUGUUCUUCAAGCUCCAGAAUGUCGUCGAUUCCAAAGUGUCCGGCUUCACGCUGAAGAACUCCCCGUUCCGCACGUUCAGCGUCGUCACCUGCCGGGAGACGACCAUUUCCGGUCUAACCCUCGAUUCCAGCUCUGGCAACGGCAUUGCCAAGAACACGGAUGGCUUCGGUCUCACCAAGAACGACCACGUUACCAUUUCGGGCAACAAGAUCUUCAACCAAGAUGACUGUCUGGCCAUGCAGUCCAGCACCAACACGUUCUUCCGCAACAAUUACUGCAGCGGCAGUCACGGCAUCUCUAUCGGAUCGCUCGGUGGCAACGCGGUGGACCAGUCAACGACCGUCACGGGUCUCAUGGUCGAGGGCAACACUAUCGCUAACAGCGACAACGGUCUUCGUAUCAAGACUGUUAUCGGUUUGAAGGGGUUGAUUUCGAAUGUCAAGUACAUGAACAACAAGCUCGAGAACGUUGAGAACGCUAUUGCGAUCCACUCGGACUACAGUCGCUCCUCUGGUGCCUACUCUGGUGCGCCUACGAGUCUGGUUACCAUCACGGACAUCACCGUUGAUGGACUCACUGGUACUGCUCAGAACAUCUACGAUAUCGUCGUGAGCCCUAAGGUGGUGUCGAACUGGAAGUUCUCCGGUAUCACUGUAUCGGGUGCGAAGGGUGUGUGCAAGGGCCAGCCGAGUGGCAUUACCUGCUGA